AUGGCUUCGGAGGUCAGUUCACGAAAUAUGAAAACGGCAAAAUCGUCGUCAGCGCCACCACCAGCUGGAAACUUUUUCUACAACUUCAUUGUCACUCAAUUGUGUAUUCCAUCUAUCCGCAGAUUCUUUGCUACCUUUCUCGCGAAAUCCAGCGAACGGUUGAUUCUGCAAAUUCCUGCCGUGAGUUUUGAUGCUGAAUUUGGAAAUGUUGCGGAGACAAACAACAACAAUGCUCCAUCAAAACCAGUUCUCUUCACUAUCCACAAUCCUAUCCAUUUCUGCUGGUUGAUGCUUUUGGAUCCAAAGAUGGGACUUGGAGAAACUUAUAUGGCUGAUGAUUGGUCGUGCUCCCCAAAUCCAACCGAGUUGCUUCGUCUUCUUAUUCGCAGUAAGAAGCAGACACAGGCGGCAUACAAGGCACAAUAUGGCACCAAACCAAGAACAAAGUCAUUCGGCUCUCAAGUUUCCCAACUUGCGAUUGAUAUCAUUCGUAAAAUUGCAAAAGUUGUCAACUACAUCCAACAUUGGCUUCAGGAGAAUACACUUACUCAGAGCACAAAGAACAUUCAGGCUCACUAUGAUCUUGGAAAUGAUAUGUUUAAAUUGUUCUUGGACAAGUCUAUGACCUACUCUUGUGCUCUUUUUGAUGCUGAGAAACCAGUCACCGAUGUAGAUUUCGUUGAAUUAGAGAAGGCGCAAUACAAAAAGAUUGAUCGUCUAAUUGACCAACUUGAGCUGAAAGCUGAGGAUCAUGUUCUCGAAAUUGGAUGUGGAUGGGGAGCUGCUGCUAUCCGGGCUGUUCAAAGAACUGGAUGCAAAUGGACUGGAAUAACCAUUUCGAAGGAACAAUUGGAGUGGGGACAGAAGAAAGUUGUUGAAGCAGGACUGGAAGGCAGAAUUGAACUUCGUUUCCAAGAUUAUAGAUUGGUGAAGGAGAAGUUCACACGUGUUUUGUCGGUCGAGAUGAUUGAAGCCGUUGGAGAGAAAUAUCUUCCCCAAUAUUUCCAAAUUAUCAAUGAUGUUCUAGCUGAUGGUGGAAUUGCUGCUUUACAGGCCAUCACUUGCCCAGAUGCCUAUUACGAUCAGUACCGUUCGUCUUCUGAUUUCAUUAAGAAGUAUAUCUUCCCUGGAGGUCAUUUGCCAUCUCUUGGUGCCAUUUCAGAGUCUCUUCCGAAGACCUUGAAACAGACUGAUCUAUUUAGCAUGGGACAUCACUAUUCGAUGACUUUGGAACAUUGGUUCUUCGCUUGGAUGAAAGCCAAGGAGGAGAUCGAGACCAAAUUCCAGUUGCCAGAUGACUUCCAUCGCCGCUGGCAAUUCUACUUUUGUCUGUGUGCUGCCCUCUUCUCCUAUGAUCAUAUUGAUGUCGUUCAACUGACAUUCAAGAAAGACAAGAACACCUAA